CUGUGUGUGAGUGUAAUUAGCCAUCAAAAGCAGUGGAGUGGAGGGAACGAGUGCAUGUCUGAGUGCGAGAAUCAGGGAGACAGUAUUUUAAUGACAUAGCACAAGGAAGAGCAUUAGGGAUUUUCAUAUCAAACGCACACACGUUAUUAGCCUACAUCAGCGUGCUGCUCUCUGUGGAAAAAUCUCACAGAGAAUUGAAGUCGUAGCUCAAUGAACAAACUAGACACCUGAACUGUAUUUCUCAACUCGGAAACAGACGGAAUGCAGGCAAUUCUGUUUGCAGCAGCAGUGCUCUUUGCGCACGACCUCGCCGUGGCCGAGCCGAAGACGAAAUGUCCAUCCAAGUGUGAUGUGAGUAAAUGUCCGAGUCCGAGCUGCCCGAGCGGGUAUGUGCCCGACCACUGCAACUGCUGUCUUGUGUGCAGCCUGGGCGAGGGCGCGUCGUGCGGUCGGAAGGAUGAUGCUCCGUGUGGCGACGGACUAGAAUGUAAAUUUCCAGCCGGUAAGCGACUUUCCAAAGGUGUUUGCCAGUGUAAGACAACUCACAGAGUGUGUGGCAGCGACGGAAAGACCUACGGGAAUGUGUGCAAGAUGAAGGCUGCCGCGCGUAAAGCGCAACAGCGAGGGCUCCCCGUAAUAACCCAAACGCAGAAGGGUCCAUGUGCACCAUCAAGCUCAGGUCCUGCACAUCUGAACAGCCCAAGAUACAAGUUUAACUUUAUCGCUGAUGUGGUGGAGAAGAUUGCCCCGGCUGUGGUACAUGUCGAGCUCUUCCUCAACCAUCCACUGUUUGGCCGUCAUGUACCUUUGUCAAGCGGUUCUGGAUUCAUAAUGACACAGUCCGGUCUGAUCGUGACCAAUGCUCAUGUGGUUGCUAGCAGUGCACCAGUAACGGGCCGUCAAAAUCUACGAGUGCAGCUACACGAUGGCCAGACAUACGAGGCCUCCAUCAGAGACAUAGACAAGAAAUCUGACAUUGCAACUAUCAAAAUUAACCCAAAGAAAAAGUUACCAGUGUUAUCACUGGGUCAGUCUGCUGACCUGAGGCCUGGUGAGUUUGUGGUUGCCAUUGGCAGUCCAUUUGCGCUUCAGAACACAGUCACAACAGGUAUCGUCAGCACAACACAGAGAGAUGGAAAAGAGCUCGGCAUCCAUGACUCUGACAUGGAUUACAUCCAGACUGAUGCUACCAUCAAUUAUGGAAACUCAGGAGGUCCACUUGUUAAUCUGGAUGGUGAGGUGAUCGGAAUAAACACACUAAAAGUCACUGCAGGGAUCUCUUUUGCAAUUCCGUCAGACCGAAUCAGUAAAUUCCUUGAUGAAUUUAAUGAUAAAGAGCAGAAAGUCAAACAAAGGGUAGUCAGGACAAACUUCACACAGUCUCAAGCUAUGAAGACUGCCUCAGGUGAGGUGAUUGCUAGCAAAUUUCACUUUGCUAGCUAGCGGCUAGUCAUCUUGCCAGCCUGAUGACAUCAAAAAUGCAAGCUACAACAGAAUCAACAUUUAACUGCUCUGUCAUGGCAUUAAAUUACCAUAAGAGGAACUAAAGAGGAUACAUUCUGAAUGUUUUGGCCAGAAGGCUGAAUUCGUUGGUUAAAUGUUUAUUGAACAUAAUGUGAAACU